AUGUCACCGAAGAAGCUAAAUUCACCAAUGCAGCCUUCUCGAAGCCGACGGAGUCUGCAGGUCGCCCAGAAGCGUAUACGUUGGCUGGUCGCCAACGCACCAACUCUCCUAACAAUGCUCGACUACGUCUCCUGGGCAAUGGACGUGGUCGAAACACUGCCACAACCACCAAAUGCUGCUUUGCAGCAAUUAGCAUCGCGACGAUCUCCGACGGCUGACCUGCCACGACGAUCUCCGGCGGCUAACCUGCCACGACGAUCCCCGGUGGCUGACCUACCACAACGAUCCCCGGUGGCUGACCAGCCUCGACGAUCCUCGACGGCUGAGCAGCCGCAGAGAUCUUCGACGGCUGAGCAUCCUCGACGAUCCUCGGCGGCUGACCCGACGCAGCGAUCUCCGACGGCUGACCCGCCACGGCGAUCCCCAAUGGCUGAGCAGCCUCAGAGAUCUUCGACGGCUGAGCAUCCUCGACGAUCCUCGGCGGCUAAUCCGGCGCAGCGAUCCCCAAUGGCUGAGCAGCCUCGGCGAUCUUUGACGGCUGAGCAGCCUCGACAAUCUUCGGUGACCCGAAGAAGACGGUCUCGGUCGAGCUCAAGUUCUAGCUCGAGUUCGAGCUCGAGUUCGAGCUCUAGUUUGAGCUCUAGUUCGAGCUCCAGCUCUAGCGGAACAUGUACAUCUGUUAAAAGUAUACGCGAUCUCAAGCCGAUUCCUAAGAUCGCGUCCUCGAAUAUGAAGAGAAAAGUAAAUGAUCAAAAAGGCAACGAGCAGAAGAAGAAAAAGGUAGGAGAGAGAGAGACGUCACCAAAACCAGGAACAUCUACAAUGACUUCAGAGGUUACGAGACCAGUACCGAGACGUGGUAUUUUGCAAUUAAAAAGGACUGAUAGUAAACAGCAGCAGCAACAACAGCAACAGCAGCAGCAACAACAGCAGCAGCAACAGCAGCAGCAACAGCAGCAGCCACAUGUAAAUAAAUAA